UUGCACCAACAACAAGAAGAAGAAAAGAAUAACAGACAACAGCAAACGGAUUAAUCCCCGGAAUGGCGGCGGAGCAUGUUAAAUGAACUUAUGCCUGUGCAGUUUUCCAUCGAUUUUCGUCUUGCGUCAACAACGGACUGGGGAUGAAAUACCAAACACAUAAAACGGAUUUGAUAUUCAAAAAAUAUGCAGAAACAAGAAAAAAGGCGCGAAUUGCGCUUGAAGCGAUUCUGGCGCUCACCAAAAACAACAUCCUCAGACGAUUCGACGGGAUAUGAGAGUCCGACACGGACAAAACAAGCGGCAAGUGGUAGUGAUGCACAGCGUUUCAAUCAUCUGCAUUACACCAGCCUUUCUCAGGGCUCGGGUUCUGGCACCACAACGACCACCUCAUCGUCGGCGGCGGCAGCGGGUUCCAAUGGUGGUGGACCCAUUGUGGGCACAUCACAGGGAAUUGGAGGAGGUGGUUCCGGUACCACAAGCAAUAAACCAUCUUGUUCCCUGCCGUUGCUUCAGGUGUGGCCCAGUCAGCCGCUUUUGCGCCAGGAGGGCUUCGUACAAUUGCGUCGUAACAGCGGUCCCGAGGGCCAGCGGGAUUCACCGCGUGGCGAAGCCGACGGCCAAUCGUUCAUCUUUCCCGCCAUUGUGGAGACAAGUGUCAGCAGUCCAACAGCCGCUGGUAGCAGUAGCAGCAGCCAUGGCAACAACAGUUCCCAAUCCCGACGGGACAACAACCAUUUGAGUCUGAGUACAGAUCGAAGAAGUUCUCUGUACUGUGAUACCCUGCAUGCAGGCGAUUCGGGCAUCGAUUCAGUGCAGGCAUCGCCAUCACCAAAUGCUUUUAUUGCACCACCAGGAGUCCAUGUACAUGGUCUACCCCUGGGACAAACGGGCGGAGGGUCCUGCCAUGUCUCGCCCACGAGUACACCAACACAGGGAUCACCGAAUCUAUCGCUGGGCAGGCGGGGCAUGCGUAAUAGCAUUUGUGUGGUGCCCAAUAGUGGGGCAGCCGGAAGACGCAAAUCGAGUGCUCUUCUUCAUCCAGAUCAUGCUCGUCUAUUUGCACUGAGGAUGAAACAUGCGGCGGCAUUGGAACGGGCUCAAACAUCACCAGAUCAGACAUCGAUUGAAGAUGCCACUGAAUUCCAUGAUAAUGGUUUGGCCACCAAUCUACGUUUGUGCUCGGCCUCGUCGUCGACUACGUCGUCGCUUACAUCCGUGGCAGCGGUCAGCCUGGGCGGGGCGGGAGUGGGCGGAGUGGGUGGCAUUGGGGGAAUUGGGGGUGGUAGUGGUGGCCUAGCCACCAGCAGUGGUGCUGGCUCCUCCGGCUCCGCCUAUGCUGUGGGCGCGGCGGGCGUACAGCAGCGCGUCUCCGAUCCCUGGCUGCAGCCACAAUCCGAUAGAGAGCGUGACUCUCGACAAGAUCGUAGACGUUCCUCAACAAUGACAGCACGCUAUUCACUAUUCGAUGCCCUAGAUCUGGAAUAUGUCUUACUCCGUGCCGCAGCUCGCGGCUCUGUGGGUCCCUAUAGCCUAAGCGAGUCCAUACAUAAGCUAACGUUUACUCAAUCAUUGGCAUUUCCGGCUCUGGCUCGUGGCUUGGCAACAAAACGACGACGAUCUGCAACACAUACCAGUUCGAGGCCAUUGAAUCCACAUGAAUCGGGACUGAAUACAUGCGCCAAAGUGGUCACCGCUGUGGUCCUAGUGGCAUUAUCCUUUAUGGUCUUUUUGAUUGUCUACAAAUUUGUGAGAACGUGAGGUUUACUCCUGGCCCCGACGCCAGAUUUUCCAGUUACAUAUCAAACCACUUACGGCUUGGAC